UGGUUCAUAUGUUCAUUUUAAUUUUUUAGUCGAAUGUGAUAAUAAAAGUUAUGUUCAUAAUGAAUCUUAUCCGCGGAAUUACGUUAACCUUACCACGUUUAUUCUCGUCGGUGCAACAAAACAGUGCUCAGCAACGAAUAUUGCAAUUGUUGUAUGGCAGAUUUCCAGAAGCAAUUGUCAAUGUUGUUGAUGUAUCUGGAGGAUGUGGAGCCAUGUUCGAAGUAUAUGUGGAAUCUAGGGAGUUUGAAGGGUUAACCACUUUGAAGCAACACAAAUUAAUCACACAAACGUUAAAAGAGCAAAUAAAAGACAUGCACGGUGUUCGAAUACACACUUCAGUGCCUAAACCUAAGUGAUACAGCACACUCACCAUAUGAAGCUAAUCUUUGUACCAUGUUUUGGUAAAGCCCACUCGGCAAGAAUUGAAUUGAUUUAGCUAAACCUAACUAGUUGUUGUGAAACUUCAUUAUACCUGUAAAAACUGUAAUAAAAUUACUUUAAGGAACUGCAAUU